AACAUUUUCAGCCAUUACUCCGCGAUGGUUAGCGUGCGAAGCUUAACGCCCCGAGCCUGUAUUUACUGAGCUCACCUUGACCCUCAGGUGUCAAAGGUGGUUAUUCCCGUCUACUCCCGCAGCCAGCUCCUUUCCGCCGUGUCUUAACGCGCUGUUCUUUGGGUUUGGUGUGGUUUUGGCUCGGUUUUUUUCGCUUGAAGUUGCGUUUAGAUGACGGCGCAGGUAGACUACCUGGUGGUGGUGUUCACCGCCACAUCUGGCGCCAGCGGAGAGCUGCUGGGAUCUGACGAGAAGGAACUUGUGCAGUUGGUUUGGCAGCUAGUGGAUGUUAAGAACAAAAAGUUGGGCAGGGUGAAUGAGCUCGUGCUUAAGCCCGAUCUCUCAGAUUUGUCAAGGGAAAAAGAAGAGGAGGAGGAGGAGGAUUUGGUUGAGGAGAGUGUGGAAGAGGAGAAUGGAUCUGGAGCAGAUUGUGUCUCUACAGCAACAAACCUUGAGGCUGCUCUGAACCAGUUUCAUCUGCAAUUGACGAAUGAGGUGAACAACAUGGGCGCGGGCACGUCAGUGUGUUUGUGUACACAUGGGCAGCUCCAUAUCCGCCAAGUAAUUCACCCUGAGGCAGCGAGCAAGAACAUCCUGGUCCCAGACUGUUUCUACUCUUUCUUUGACCUUCGCAAAGAAUUCAGGAAGCACUUCCCCACAUCUGACCUCAGAGCUUUGAAUGUACAUAUGAUGGCAGAGUCUCUUAGUGUACCUGUUGAUGGCACUGCCAUUUUGGAUCCAUCAGCUGUACUUCUCCCAGAAGUAGCAGUGCAGCAGGUCCAGCUAAUGUCCAACAUUGUUCUUGCCCUCCUUUCUGAGCCCUUGUGUCACACGUUUUCUCAUCCUGAGAGAGUUAGCGAAAAGUUUGAGACUGGCACUUGCAGUAAGAUGGAGAAAGUGUGCGACAGCACUGUGAUCAGAGCUAGAGGGUUGCCAUGGCAGUCUUCUGACCAGGACAUUGCUCGAUUCUUUAGAGGACUAAACAUUGCCAGAGGGGGAGCUGCGUUAUGUCUAAAUGCUCAAGGGAGGAGGAACGGAGAGGCUCUUGUUCGUUUUGUCAAUGAGGAACACAGAGACCUGGCACUGCAGAGACACAAACACCAUAUGGGCAACAGAUACAUAGAGGUUUACAAAGCAACAGGAGAGGACUUCCUGAAGAUAGCAGGAGGUACCUCUAAUGAGGUAGCAGUGUUCUUGUCACGAGAAGACCAAAUCAUAGUGAGGAUGCGAGGUCUUCCUUUUACUGCCACACAUGAACAGGUGCUCAUCUUCUUCUCCCCUGGGGAGGGCCUGAAAGAAACGUGUCCAGUCAGCGGGGGAAAGGACGGCAUCCUGUUUGUACGGUACCCAGAUGGUCGUCCGACGGGCGACGCCUUCGUUUUAUUUACCUGUGAGGAACAUGCCCAAAAUGCCCUGAAGAAACACAAGGAAAUCCUCGGCAGAAGAUAUAUUGAGCUGUUCAAAAGCACUGCUGCCGAAGUUCAACAGGUGCUGAAUCGAUACUCGUCAGCCCCUCUCAUCCCUGUGGCCCCCGCCCCUCUGGUGUCAGUACUGCCCACAGUGUCUCUCCUGCCCCCUCCUGGCAGUUUGAGAGAUUGCCUACGGCUAAGGGGCCUACCAUACACAGCUAGCAUAGAGGAUAUCCUCACCUUUCUGGGCGAGUUUACAAAUGAUAUCAGACCACACGGCGUGCACAUGGUCCUCAAUCAGCAGGUAUACGCAGGAACCACACAGGGCCGUCCAUCAGGGGACUGUUUUAUCCAGAUGACCUCAGCAGAGCGAGCACUCCUGGCCUCGCAGCGACUCCAUAAGCAUAUAAUGUCCAGUCAGCGUGGGGCCAACAGCCGCUACGUGGAAGUGUUUCCCUGCAGCGCCGAGGAGAUGGGCCUGGUGCUGAUGGGAGGCUCGAUCUCACACACACAUGCACAUACACACAACCGGAGCAGGAGUGGGACAGGGCUCAGCCCGCCGCCAUGUAAGUCCAGACGUUUAUCUCCACCUUCCUACUCCUUCACCCCUGCUCCUGCUGUCCUACCCGCAGAGGCUGCUGCUCUCUAUCCACCAAUUGGCCAGGUGUUGCUGACACCACGCCCCCUGCCAACAGGUCACGCCUACUACCCUUCAUCAGCUCAGCUGUACAUGAACUAUACAGCCUACUACCCCAGUCCACCUGGUUCCCCUACCACCCUAGGUUUCUUCCCUUCCCCCGCCUCCCUUUCUUCCCCAGGGGGGUUGGUGCGCAUGCCAGGUCUUACCUACAACAACAGUGGAGUCAAAGAACUCAUCAGCUCAAUGCAGAGUUACCAGUACACCCCCGAUGACGCUCUCAUGCAUGCCCAUGGGUCCGUGCACGGUCACGACCCAGCCAGGACGUUGCUUACGCAGCCCAAAGAAUGGCUCCAAAACUCUCCCAUCUCUUUCUCCCUAGAGCCCCAUGGAGCCUGUUUCCCUCCUGAGCAGCAGCCUGAUUGGUCAGCCCAGUGGAGGUGAUGCUCCUCUGUUGUCGCUCCCCUUUGUCAUGACCAAACCUGCAGGGCAAUACCUGGAUCUGACCCUGUUGUAGGGUCUCACACACAUAACGAAGGUCAUGUGACUUGUAAUGUGUUGCUAGUUUAUAUAUUUAUAUAUCUAUCUAUAUCUCUAUAUAUAGAUAUAGAUAUAUAUGUCUUUUAGAUGUGCUAUUUAUAUCUUAAAAUACAGAAAUUAAUGUAUUUUAUACCAAAUUGUGGCCUUAGCCAAAAUAGCAGUUUUGUCUUAUAUUGCACAUUGUGUAUUUUAAAAGCUUUAUAGUUUUUUUUUUUAUGAUAAAAUAAUCACUGUUGUGUAUUUACCUGCAAAUUUAGAGCAGAAUGACCUAGUGACAACUCAGCUAAAUUGUUUAAGCUUCUCUGUGAACGAGAGAAUGUGUGUCAGUGUGAAAGAGAAUGAGUAUUAUGCAUGGCUGUGCCGAAAACUUUUAAUACUUAAUUUGUUUAUGCAGUACUUUGUUUAUAUGCAUUUGAUACAGUACACAGUGAUUGUAUUGAAAUCUUUAGUGCAUGAAGAAGUUGAUAGUAAAACUUUAAAAUGUUUACAUGAUGCCAAAUAAUGCACUGCUAUGUAAUGAGAUGACUAAAGAAUAUAAUAGUGGUAUCUUUGAAUCAUGCCACAUAUGUUACACUGAGGGUGUUUAGCAGAUAGUCCGCAUUAACAAAAAUGUGAUAUCUCACUCUCGUUUCCUUUAUGUGCCCUGUUCGGGUCUGUUUCCAUGUUGUGUAAUGUCAAAGUUAUCUUUUGUGUUGGACACAAACCUGAAGCAAGGACAGUCCCAGCUCUCUGUAACCUAACCACAGGGACGUAUUCAUCGAGAGGGCUCUCAGCUUACUGAGUCAACCUCAGGAGCCAUGGGGCCUUUCUGACAGAUUGGUUUUUAUUACAGAUUUAACGCACUCAUCAGUCUCCUUCAUUUUUUCCUUGGCUUCUUUCCUCCACUCUGAUGUUUGGGAAUGGACCACGGCAAGGGGAAAGAAGUUGGUCAUAUCUCACCCUGCAAAAUUUGUAGAGGUGUUGUGAAGGACACUGUUGACAUUAACUUGUGAUUAUUAGUUUUUUUUUUUUUUUUUACACUUAUGCCCUGUGGAGUUGUUGUUUGGGCUCCACAUUGCUGUACACAAGUCCUACAGUAGGACUUCAACCUCCUGCUCAGGACACCAAAGCUGAAAAUAUAAUACAUGUAACGUGAA